GGUGCUUUGCUGCGGCAGCGGAAGCAACACUCCCGAUUGAGCCCCCCUCAGUGUCAGCGCGAGAAGCCGCUCUGGAGGCUUUUCUGAGCGCCUCCGCUGCACUCUCGGCUGCAGGUGUUCUUUAAGAUGGGAACUCUAAUUGCACUUAUUGGAAUCUGGGUGAGCUUCUCCCUUGUGAAAGCAGAUUCAAAAGCAGUUACAACAUCCUUGACUACUAAAUGGCCUUCCACCCCUUUAUUACUCGAAGCAAGUGAGUUUUUAGCAGAGGAUGGUCAAGAGAAGUUUUGGAAUUUUGUUGAAACUUGUCAAGACUUUGGAUCAUCCCACCGUGAUGGUACUGAUUCUUCCUCUUAUUAUGCAAUGUUGGAAGCAGCUUCCCAGAGUCUUUCAUCUUUGCAAAAGAACUUGUUGAAAUUUGCCUUGUCUUUGCGUUCUUACUCAGCUACAGUUCAAGCCUUUCAGCAGAUAGCAGCUGAUGAACCCCCACCAGAAGGAUGUAAUGCAUUCUUUGUCGUCCAUGGAAAGAAGACUUGUGACUCUGAGAAACUUGGGAUACUUCUACAGACAGCUUCAGAAAGACCAAAGCCUUUUAUGUUCAAAGGGGACCACAAAUAUCCAGUUUCAAACCCUGAAAGCCCUGUUGUAAUUCUGUAUGCUGAGAUUGGCUCUAAAGAGUUCUCUAGAUUCCACAAACUGCUUGUAGAAAAAGCUACUGCAGGAGAAGUCACUUACGUCCUUAGGCAUUACAUUGCUAAUCCAAGUAAAGAAAAAGUCUACCUUUCGGGCUAUGGCGUGGAGCUGGCAAUUAAAAGCACUGAAUAUAAGGCCAAGGAUGAUACCCAGGUGAAAGGUACAGAUGUGAAUGCAACAGUAAUAGGUGAAAAUGACCCCAUUGAUGAAGUGCAAGGAUUUUUGUUUGGAAAACUAAGGCAGUUACAUCCCACUUUGAAAGAAGAAUUGAAAGAAUUAAGAAAACAUCUUAUUGAAAGCACCAAUGAAAUGGCCCCCUUAAAAGUAUGGCAGUUACAAGAUCUAAGUUUCCAAACUGCUGCUCGCAUUCUGGCGGCCCCCACUGUGGAUGCUUUAAUGGUCAUGAAAGAUCUAAGUCAGAAUUUUCCCACAAAAGCUAGGGCAAUAACGAAGACAGUUGUUUCUUCAGAACUCAGAUCAGAAAUUGAAGAGAACCAAAAAUACUUCAAAGGAACCUUAGGAUUACAGGUGGGGGAUUCUGCCCUGUUCAUCAAUGGACUACAUAUAGAUCUAGACACACAGGACAUUUUUAGCUUGUUUGAUGUCCUGAGGAAUGAAGCUCGCGUUAUGGAAGGGCUGCACAGUUUAGGAAUUGUAGGCCUUUCUAUGCACAAUGUGUUAAAGCUAAACAUCCAGCCAUCAGACACUGACUAUGCUGUAGAUAUCAGAAGUACUGCCAUUUCAUGGAUUAAUAACCUUGAAGUUGAUGGCAGAUAUAAUUCCUGGCCUUCUAGUGUCCAGGAGCUGCUGCGUCCUACUUUCCCUGGUGUGAUUAGACAAAUAAGAAAAAACUUCCAUAAUCUGGUACUUAUAAUAGACCCAUCCCAUGAGAGCUCAACAGAAUUGUUCAGUGUGGCUGAAAUGUUCCUUAGUAACCACAUACCACUGAGGAUUGGCUUAGUCUUUGUGGUUAAUGACUCUGAAGAUGUUGAUGGGUUGCAAGAUGCUGGGGUUGCUCUCCUUCGGGCUUACAACUACAUCACACAAGAAGUAGAUACUAAUUAUGCCUUCCAGACAAUUAUAUCAAUAUAUAACAAGCUAAAUACAGGAGAAAAACUAAAGGUAGAACAUGUGGUUAGUGUUCUUGAGAAGCAAUAUCCCUACGUAGAAGUCAAUAGCAUUUUAGGAGUUGAUUCUGUCUAUGACCAAAACAGAAAGGAAGGGCGUGGUUACUAUGAACAGACAGGUGUGGGCCCUCUACCUAUAGUGCUUUUUAAUGGGAUGCCCUAUCAAAAAGAACAACUAGAUCCUGAUGAACUGGAAACUGUAACAAUGCAUAAAAUAUUGGAAACCACCAGUUUUUUCCAAAGAGCUGUGUAUUUGGGUGAACUGUCAAAUGAUCAAGACGUGGUUGAAUAUAUAAUGAGCCAGCCAAAUGUUGUUCCAAGAAUCAACUCUCGGAUCUUGAUGUCUGAGAGAGAAUAUCUAGAUUUAACUGCAACCAAUAAUUUCUAUGUGGAUGAUUAUGCUAGAUUUACAUCCUUGAAUUCCAAAGGCAAGACAGCUGCUAUAGCCAACAGUAUGACUUACUUGACCAAGAAAGGAAUGUCCUCCAAGGAAAUUUAUGAUGAUUCUUUUAUUAGACCAGUAACUUUUUGGAUUGUUGGAGACUUUGGUAAACCUUCUGGAAGGCAGCUGUUAUAUGAUGCUAUUAAACAUCAGAAAUCCAGUAACUAUGUUCGGAUUGGUGUGAUUAACAACCCAAGUGAAGACCCAGCCAAUGAGAACACAGUCAUUGCCAGAGCCAUAUGGGCAGCCUUGCAGACACAAACAUCAAACAAUGCCAAAAACUUUAUCACAAAAUUAGCAAAAGAGGAGAAUGCAAAAAUGCUGGAGGCUGGAGCUGAUAUCACCCAAUUUGCUGUUGGAGGUAUGGAUAUUGAUACUUUUAAAGCUGCUUUUGAAUCUCCCAAAGUGGAUUUUAUUCUUUCACAUACCAUAUACUCAAGGGAUGUUCUUAAAUUGAAGAAAGGCCAGAGGGCAGUGAUCAGCAAUGGAAGGAUUAUUGGUCCAUUAGAAGAUGGUGAGCUUUUUAACCAGGAUGACUUCCACUUACUAGAGAAUAUUAUUUUGAAGACUUCUGGACAGAAAAUAAAAUCUCACAUUCAGCAGUUAGGAGUUGAGGAAGAUCUUGCAAGUGAUCUUGUGAUGAAGGUGGAUGCUCUUCUUUCUGCUCAGCCAAAGGGAGAGGCAAGAAUUGAGUACCAUUUUUUUGAAGACAAGCACAGUGCAGUUAAGUUGAGACCAAAUGAGGGGGAGACCUAUUUUGAUGUUGUGGCUGUUGUUGAUCCUGCUACCAGAGAAGCACAAAGACUUGCUCCACUGCUCAUGGUAUUGAACAAACUAAUAAACAUGAACCUCAGAAUUUUUAUGAACUGUCAGUCCAAACUCUCUGACAUGCCUUUGAAAAGUUUUUAUCGCUAUGUUUUGGAGCCAGAAAUCACUUUCACAGUGGACAAUCUGUUUGUUCCUGGCCCUGUUGCCAAAUUCUUGGAUAUGCCUCAGUCUCCCUUGUUUACUCUGAAUCUAAACACUCCUGAGAGCUGGAUGGUAGAGUCUGUAAGGACAUCAUAUGAUCUUGACAACAUUUAUUUAGAGGAGGUGGAGAGUGUAGUGGCAGCUGAGUAUGAAUUAGAGCAUCUCCUCUUAGAAGGGCACUGCUAUGAUAUUACUACAGGACAGCCCCCCCGGGGUCUUCAGUUCACCCUGGGAACAUCAACAAACCCUAUUCUUGUUGACACUAUUGUCAUGGCCAACUUGGGGUACUUCCAGUUAAAAGCGAAUCCUGGUUCCUGGUUUCUGAGACUCAGAAAGGGAAGGUCUGAUGAUAUCUAUAGAAUUUACAGCCAUGAUGGUACAGAUUCUCCUGCAGAUGCCAGUGAUGUUGUUGUUGUUAUCAACAAUUUCAAGAGCAAAAUUAUUAAAGUAAAGGUUCAGAAAAAAUUAGAUAUGCUAAAUGAAGAUUUACUGAGUGACGGAACUAAUGAAAAUGAAUCUGGUUUUUGGGAAUCUCUUAAAUGGGGUUUUACAGGUGGACAAAAGAAAGAAGAAGUGAAACAGGAUAAGGAUGAUGUGAUCAACAUAUUUUCUGUUGCAUCAGGACAUCUAUAUGAAAGAUUUCUCCGCAUAAUGAUGCUAUCUGUGCUGAAACACACUGAGACUCCAGUGAAGUUUUGGUUCCUGAAGAACUAUUUGUCACCUUCAUUUAAGGAAUUCAUUCCAUAUAUGGCUGAAAAGUACAAUUUCCAAUAUGAGCUAGUCCAGUACAAAUGGCCACGGUGGCUUCACCAGCAAACAGAGAAACAGCGCAUCAUCUGGGGUUACAAAAUCCUUUUUCUGGAUGUACUUUUCCCCCUUGCUGUUGAUAAAUUCCUGUUUGUAGAUGCUGACCAGAUUGUGCGUACAGACCUAAAGGAGCUAAGAGAUUUCAACUUGGAUGGGGCACCUUAUGGUUAUACACCAUUCUGUGAAAGCCGGAGAGAGAUGGAUGGCUACCGAUUCUGGAAAUCAGGAUACUGGGCAAGUCACUUGGCUGGAAGAAAAUACCAUAUCAGUGCUCUCUAUGUUGUGGAUUUGAAGAAAUUCAGGAAGAUAGCUGCUGGAGAUCGGCUCCGAGGGCAAUAUCAAGGACUUAGCCAGGACCCCAACAGUCUCUCCAACCUUGAUCAGGACUUGCCGAACAACAUGAUCCACCAGGUGCCCAUUAAAUCACUCCCACAAGAGUGGCUUUGGUGUGAAACAUGGUGUGAUGAUGCUUCAAAGAAAAGAGCAAAAACCAUUGACCUGUGCAAUAAUCCAAUGACCAAAGAGCCCAAGCUGCAGGCAGCCAUGAGGAUUGUCCCUGAGUGGCAAGAUUAUGAUCAAGAAAUUAAGCAGCUCUACAGCCGUUUCCACCAAGAGAAAGAAUCAGGAGCACUUUUUACAACAAAUGAAACAAAACAGCCAAGUAGAGAAGAAAUGGCAGCACAUAUGGAAUUAUGAUCCAUGGUGACAAACCGAGUGAGACUAUUUCAUAGACAAUUUUUCUAUCAAAUGCUAGUUUUUUUCUAGUAAGUUUGCAAAACUGCUGAGUAAAACUGAAGGGGGAAUUAUAUGUAUUACUUACAAUUGAAUUUGAUUUCGGCAGAUGGCAUAGGGUCUGGAUGAUAUGAAUUAAUGUAACUGGUCUUCCUUGCACGAGAAAGAGAUGGAAAAGUCUACAGAGGAAUAUAGAAUUUGUUAAUGACUGAAAUGCUCUGAAAAGCAGCAGGUCUCUUCUUCCAGCUUUUGGCUGAAUACACUAGUGGAUGCCAAGAUUCUAUGAGUCACCUUCACCUUUCUCACAAGCCCAGAAAAAAGAUGCUGAAUGGAUGAGACACUGAGAAUAUACAGACACUCCCCACAUCUGAAAUUUUGGUGUGGAGCGACAUCUUUGAGGUUUGAAAAGGGUUUGUUAUCAUGCCUUGGACUGACUGACACAACUGUAGGUGUCAAAUGGAUUCAGGGUUGGUUUGGUCCCCCCCCCCCCCAAUUAUACCCCCAGUUCUGGUAAGAGAACCACAGUUCCUAUGUUGAUGCAUUGUGAAUAUCAGAUUUGAUAAUCCAUUGUAAAACAAAGAUCAUAUCAGUCUGCCCAACUUCAGAAAUAUACAUUUUCAAAUAAAUGUAUAUUUUAAUGAAGCAAACAGUGUGUGACAACUUUUUCCAUUGCAGAGCUGAAAUUGUAUUUUCUCUCAAAGUUACUGAAGACUGCAAAAUUAUUGGGGCAUUAUGACUUUUGUGAUUUUGUCGCUUUCAUGAAUGUACUUUUGUUUAUGCAAAUCUGUGGAAUCUUGGAUUAUGUAAAUUUCAUUUAAAAAAAUCCUCAAAUACAAGAGUGAUGUCAGGUGAAUAAAGCCUCAGAGUUCCUAUA